UGGGUGUGGCAGGGCUGGGCGCCGGGCGGCGGCGGGGCGCUGUGGCGUGUACAGUCCGUGGCCAUGGUGGUGGUGGCAGCCGCGCCGAGCUCGGUCGCUGGGGCCCCCAAAGUGUUGCUUCUGUCCGGUCAGCCCGCCGCCGCCGGAGCCGGAGCCCCAGCCGGCCAGACGCUGCCGUUCAUGGUGCCAGGCCAGAGGGGGGCCGGCCUGGAGGCCGAGGGCGAGGGGCCGCCCCAAGCGCGCAAGCGGCAGCGCCUCACGCACCUGAGCCCGGAGGAGAAGGCGCUGAGGAGGAAACUGAAAAACAGAGUAGCGGCUCAGACUGCCCGAGACCGCAAGAAAGCGCGGAUGAGUGAGCUGGAACAGCAAGUGGUAGAUUUGGAAGAGGAGAACCAAAAACUUUUGCUAGAAAAUCAACUUUUACGAGAAAAAACUCAUGGCCUUGUCAUUGAGAACCAGGAGUUAAGACUACGCUUGGGGAUGGAUGUCCUGGUUGCUGAAGAGGAGACGGAGACAGAGGCCAAGGGGAAUGGAGUGAGGCCAGUGACCGGGUCUGCUGAGCGCAGCACUCAGACUACGUGCACCUCUGCAGCAGGUGCAGGCCCAGUUGUCACCACCCCAGAACAUCUCCCUGUGGAUUCUGACAGCGUUGACUCUUCAGAUACUGAGUCUGAUAUCCUUUUUGGAAUCUUGGGCAAGUUGGACCCACUCAUGUUCUUCAAAUGUCCUUCCCCAGAGUCCACCAAUCUUGAGGACCUCCCCGAGGUCUCCCAAGAAGGACCUAGUUCCUUACCAGCCUCCCUAUCUCUGUCAGUGGGGACGUCAUCAGCCAAGCUGGAAGCCAUUAAUGAACUCAUUCGUUUUGAUCAUGUAUACACCAAGCCUCUAGUCCUAGAGAUUCCUUCUGAGACAGAGAGCCAAACUAAUGUGGUAGUGAAAAUCGAGGAAGCACCUCUCAGCCCCUCAGAGAAAGAUCACCCUGAAUUCAUUGUCUCUGUGAAGGAAGAACCUAUAGAAGAUGACUUCAUUCCAGAGUUGGGUAUCUCAAAUCUACUUUCAUCUGGCCACUGCCUGAAGCCAUCUUCUUGCCUACUGGAUGCUUACAGUGACUGUGGAUAUCAGAGUUCCCCCUCCCCCUUCAGUGACAUGUCUUCUCUGCUUGGUGUCAAUAACCAUUCUUGGGAGGACACUUUUGCCAAUGAACUCUUUCCCCAACUGAUUAGUGUGUAGGGAAUGGCCCAGUUCUUAGAGGACGGCAGAGAAGCCUGAGUGUCAUUCAGAAAGCCAAAGGAGAGGGCAUACAGUCCUAGAGAAUUCUGCUGAAGUGUUUGACUCCUAGUAUUGUGUCCACAUCCAGCAGUCCAGGGUAUUCAAAGAUAGUUUCAUUCAGAAUGACAGCUUUUGAGAUGAAAUUGUCUUAAAGGUGGUAGUUUACUCUACCAUGCUUAUACCACCAUCACUUGACCUGUUAAGCAGACAUGAAAAUCAUAAAUGGCCCUUUUUCAUUUCUCUCCUCAGCAGUCUAGGCUUGCCUCUGAUUUUAGGCCCUAUAAGUUUGCUUCUUCAAGCAGAGAAACAACUACUGAGGGGGGCUUCUAUUCCCCCACGUACAGUCCAAGAAAGGAUUAAGAAUCUUUUCUUCAGGUGGGCAUUGGUGGCUUAUACCUGGAAUCCUAGUUAUUCAGGAGGCUGAGAUCUG